GGUGCUGUAGGUGUGUCCCUGACAGGGUCGGCUUGUUGUUUGUUCUGCAGAAUCCCAGGCAGAUGCAGCGCUGGGGGUUCGUCACUCAGAGAGACUGAGUGAGUCACACUGUCAGCGGAGACAGGCAGACGGAGCGAGCAAAGCAGAGAGAGGGACAGAGAGAGAGAGAGAGAGAGAGAGAGAGAGCCGGAGCUAGCUGUAGAAACCACCAGGAUGCCUGUGAGGGUCCGAGAACGAGCUGCUGGCGGCUCCCUGCUCGUCACUGCUCUCGCGGUUGGUGUUCUGUGCACAGCUGCUGAUUACGCUGAGUCUCUCAGCAGGAUGGGAGGCGACAGGCCGAGGCAGUGGGAACCCCAGGUCGCCAUGUUUUGUGGGAAGCUCAACAUGGUAUUGGACAGUGAGACGGGCCAAUGGGAACCAGAUCCAUUUGGGACCCAGAGCUGCCUCGGAACCAGGGACGAAAUCCUCGCCUACUGUGUGAAGGUGUACCCGGAGUUGAAGAUUACAGGAGUUACAGAAUCGAGCCAGCCGGUCAGAAUUGAAAACUGGUGCAAGAAAGGGAAACGGAAAUGUAGCGGACGUGCUCAUAUUGUAGUUCCCUUUCGCUGCCUAGUCGAUGGGUUUGUGAGUGAUGCCCUGCUGGUCCCCGAUCGCUGUAAAUUUCUGCACCAGCAGACAAUGUCAACAUGUCAGAAUCGCAUUCACUGGCACAGUGUCGCCAAGGAGGCCUGUACUGCCGAGACCCUGGAGUUACACAGCUACGGCAUGUUACUGGGCUGUGGGGAGGAACUCUUCCGAGGGGUGGAGUACGUCUGCUGCCCGUCCCGAUUCCAGGGAGCCGGCUUCGAGGAUGUGAUGGCCCCCGUGUCGAUGGGCGAGGAGGACGAAGGGGACCAAGAUAACAGUCAACCCCAGGACAGGUCUCAGGAAGAGCAGGACAGCCCCAAGCCUGAGCUGAAGGAGGAAGACCAAGGGGUAGUCUAUCAGGCUGACAGCAAACACUGGAAUGACUACAGGGACAUGGCCUACCACGAAGCAGAGUUCUACGAUGAAGCUGUGACCGAGACCACCACCGCUGAGGGCAUCCGAGGGUCACCAUCUCCUGAGCCAACUUACUUUCGAAAGAGAGAGGUCGUCGAACACGCAAACUACCUGGAUAACCUGGCACAGCUUGAUGCCCGCAGGAAUGAACGCAUCAAUGAGGUGAUGAAGGAAUGGGCUGCCGCUGAUCGUCGGUUACUCUUGGUUCAGAAACCGGACAGAAUCUCCCUGAACAAGCAUUUCCAGGAGGUGUUAGCGACAGUACAGGAGCAGUUCUCCCAGGAGAGGCUUCGCCUCGUGGAUGAACACAUUUCCCGAAUGACUGGCCUCAUCAAUGACGAGAGGCAGUGGGCCCUGGAACAGUAUCUGCAGGAGCUGCAAGAGGAGCAGCCGGAGGCGAACAGGGUGUACCAGGCGGUGGUGCGGUACAUUCGAGCCGAAGGGAAGGAUCGGAAGCUGACGAUCCGUAACUACAGGCGAACCCUCCUGGAGGAUCCCGAAAAGGCUCGGCAAAUGAAAUUCCAGGUCCUUACUCACGUGCGAGUGAUUGAGGAGAGAAUGAAUCAAACUGUUUCCUUGUUGUUUAAAUUCCCCGACUUGGCUUUAAUGCUGGGCCGCAGUGUGUUGGAGGCAGUGCAGGAGCACAGCCUGCAUUCACGGGAGCAGGAGACCCUGACUGAGCUGGCUGCCUCUGUAUCGGAGGGAGAGAGGGAGGGGGUCCCGAGACCAAUCGACCCCACCCUCAGCACCCAGCGAGUGCUCGCGGUCACCCACCCACAGGUACGGGUGGGAACAACAACGGAGACACAAAGCACCCACAAACAAGGUUUUGGAUUGGUUGAUUACUCGGACACAGUUGUGACCCAAUCGUACGAGGAGCAGAGAUUUAUUACAGAGUAUGAGGACAUGCUCGAGGACUCCGUUGAGGUGAUUUACAAUUCAAAGGAGACAUCGGGAAUACAGAGGGAUGAACUGGAACCGGAAUCAAAGGUCAGACUCAAUAAAGGCACUGUCAUCAGCCUGCUCCUCAUCGCUGUCACCAUCGCAAUGAUCGUUGUCCUAUCCAUCUUCAUGGUUCGCAGGAAACCGUAUGGAACCAUCAGCCAUGGCAUUAUCGAGGUUGACCCAAUGUUGAGCCCAGAGGAGAGGCAGCUCAGCAAGAUGCAGAAUCAUGGAUAUGAGAAUCCGUCCUACAAGUUCUUCGAACAGUUGCAGAACUGAGGCCCAUCGGAGCUGGGGUGGGGGUAGGGUUGGGCAUGUGUGGGAGUGGGUUUGAGGUUGGUUGGGUUGGGAGUGGGGCCUCUAGGAUGGUUGCAUCCUACAUGGGUUGGGUGGGUGGGUUGGUACUCCCCCUGUUGUAUUCUUCAAGGGGUGGGGGUUGUUUUGUUUUUGGGAUUCUCUUGAGUGAGGGCACGCUGAGAAACCCCAGCCUGAGGUGAUCCCCUCCCCCUGAUCCCAGUGUGCAUGAAGAGGGGUAUCUUAUCCGUGCACUCACAGUGACUGUCCGCACCUCCCUCCUUUCUCAAACCCUCUUCCGAUCCAAUGCCAACUCCUUCCUUGCCCCCCCCCGCCCUCCCAAACCACCCCGUGCCCACCUCUGACCCUGAAUCCUCCCUGGGGUCAUUCCCCAAUCCUAUCAUUCACCCCCCGCUCCCGACCGCAUCCCUUUGUAACCACCCAUCCUGCUGGGGGGAGCGUGUGGCAGAGAUGGGCAGAAUGGAGUUCGGAGUUGGGUCCAUGUUGGAAGAGUGAUGUUGGGCUGAGGGAGAAGGGGGCACAUCCUGGUCUUGGUGGAUGGGCAAAGGAUGGGCCAGAGGGGCCUGAGAAAGUUAUACCCCACUUCUCCUCCCUCAUUCCCUCACUGGCUGCUGUUACUGUGCUCAGCGAGUUCAGAUCCCGGCAUCGGUUGGAGCCCAGUCACUAUAAAUGGGAAUGGGGAGUGGAGCCCAAUGGGGAGUGGAGCCCAAUGGGGAGUGGUCCCCCAGGGGGGUGGUGCCCAAAUGGGGCUAGUCCCUGGGGAUAUCUGUGAGCCUGCUUUAACCUGGGAACGCCCACAGCUGCGGUUUUAUGUUUUAAUCCUUGUCGUCGUCAGCUGAUGCUAAAGCCACAGGGUUUUCUGUUGUUACCGGCUCCCCCCGCUACACCCCCCCCCCCACCCCCCAACCCCGACCCCCCACCCCCUCUGUCCAGGAAAAGCAAUGGUUUGUUUUAAUGUGCACCAAUAAUGUUUCAUAGACAAACAUGGCUCGUGCUGGGAUUGGACUGUGCAAUAGUGAGGCAACGUUCACAGGGCUGUGGCUUCAGCACCCCACGCACAAUCCCCCCCACCCCCAUGGUGAUGGGGCGGGGGUCUGUGCCUGUGAACCACCCCGCACAGUGUCAGGAGUGGGGGUCUGCGAACCCCCCCUCCAACAUGGUGACGGGGGUCUGUGAACCCCCCCUCCAACAUGGUGACGGGGGUCUGCGAACCCCCCCUCCAACAUGGUGACGGGGGUCUGCGAACCCCCCCUCCAACAUGGUGACGGGGGUCUGCGAACCCCCCCUCCAACAUGGUUACGGGGGUCUGCGAACCCCCCCUCCAACAUGGUGACGGGGGUCUGCGAACCCCCCCUCCAACAUGGUGACGGGGGUCUGCGAACCCCCCCUCCAACAUGGUUACGGGGGUCUGCGAACCCCCCCUCCAACAUGGUGACGGGGGUCUGCGAACCCCCCCUCCAACAUGGUGACGGGGGUCUGCGAACCCCCCCUCCAACAUGGUGACGGGGGUCUGCGAACCCCCCCUCCAACAUGGUGACGGGGGUCUGCGAACCCCCCCUCCAACAUGGUGACGGGGGUCUGCGAACCCCCCCUCCAACAUGGUGACGGGGGUCUGCGAACCCCCCCUCCAACAUGGUGACGGGGGUCUGCGAACCCCCCCUCCAACAUGGUGACGGGGGUCUGUGAAAACCCCCCGCACGGUGACAGGGGGUGGGUCUGUGCAGUGGAAUCCAGCCCACAGUGAACCCGUCUCGAUCCCAGCCCGGGUUAAUGUCAGGGGCUGAGCCAUCUGUUUGAAGUGGCACCGUCUGUAACAUGGAAUUAAACCGAGCUGCUGUUCCCGAAA